AUGAGAAGGAGUGAGGUGCUGGCAGAGGAGUCGGUGGUUUGUCUCCAAAAAGCCCUGAACCGUCUUCGAGAAAUCUGGGAAUUGAUAGGCAUUCCGGAGGACCAGAGGCUCCAGAGGACGGAGGUCGUCAAGAAGCACAUAAAGGGCCUGUUGGAAAUGAUGAUUGCCGAAGAAGAGAGUCUAAAGGAGCGGCUCCUGAAAAGCAUCGACUUCUGUCGGAGAGAGCUCAACACUCUGUGCAGGGAGUUAAGCCUCGAUUCCUUUGAAGAGAAAGAGGAGAGCACCAUCUUGCAGCUCGAAAAGGAUCUGCGCACUCAGGUGGAAGUGAUGGUCAAGAAAAAGAAGGAGAGAAUGCAAGAACUGAAAGUGCUUCGAGAACGCGACCAGGAUCUGUGUGAGAUCCUCUGCACACCCCUCUACAGCAUCGAUCUCACAUCCGUCCCCAGCCUGGAGGAGCUGGAGCAGUUUAGGCGGCACCUGGCGACUCUGAAUGAGACCAAGACGAGCAGGCGGGAGGAAUUUGUGAGCACAAAGAGGCAGAUCAUCCUGUGCAUGGAGGAGCUGGAUCACACACCGGACACGAGCUUCGAGAGAGACGUGGUGUGCGAGGAUGAAGACGCUUUCUGCCUGUCACUGGAGAACAUCGCGGCCCUGCAGACGCUGCUGCGACAGCUGGAAAUGCGGAAAGCUCAGAACGAAGCUGUGUGUGAGGGGCUGCGCUCGCGCAUCAGAGAACUCUGGGACAGGCUGCAAAUCCCCUUGGAGGAGAGAGAAGCCCUGACCCCAUACAUGAGCGGCUCCAAGGCCAAGAUAAAGAAGGCGCUGCAAGUGGAAGUGGAUCGCCUGGAGGAGCUCAAGAUUCAAAACAUGAAGAAAGUGGUGGAAGCAAUCCGCACGGAGCUGGCUCUGUACUGGGAAAAGUGCUUCUACAGCCAGGAGCAGAGGAAAGCCUUUGCCCCCUACUACGAUGAGGACUACACGGAGACGCUGCUGCAGCUCCAUGACGCCGAGCUCGUGCAGCUGAAGCACUACUACGAGGCUCACAAGGAGCUCUUCGAAGGCGUCCAGAAGUGGGAGGACAGCUGGAAGCUCUUCCUGGAGUUUGAGAGAAAAGCCUCGGACCCAAGCCGAUUCACAAAUAGAGGUGGAAAUCUCCUGAAGGAAGAGAAGCAGAGAGCCAAGCUCCAGAAGACUCUCCCUAAGCUGGAGGAGGAGCUGAAGGGCCGGAUCGAGCUGUGGGAACAGGAGCGCGCGCAGGCCUUUGUGGUGAACGGGCAGAAGUUCAUGGAGUACGUGACGGAGCAGUGGGAGCUGCAUCGCCUGGAGAAGGAGAAGGCCAAGCAGGAGAGGCAACUCAAGAAGACCCAGCAAACGGAGGCGGAGAUGCUGUACGGCAGUACUCCCCGGACGCCCGGCAAGCGGCGAGGCCCGGGCCCCAACACACCCGGCAAAGUCCGCAAGCUUAAUGCCACCACCGUGUCCUCCGCCACUCCCAAUAGCACCAUGCGCUCCAUCUUUGGCGGGACUGUCUACCAUUCCCCAGCGGCCCGCCUGCCGCCCUCCGGAGGCAAGCCAUCCAGGACUCCCAGCCGCCCGGGGCCAAGGACGGCCCCUCUGGGCAGGCAGGGGCACAACAAAGAGAACAUUGAGUUGAGUGGCAGCAUCCUGACCGGUGGGUGUCCCUACUCGACCCCUCUCCAGCGUAACCUCACCGUUAAUUCUGUUGCCAGCACCUAUUCUGAGUUUGCGAAGGACCCCUCCCUCUUUGACUGCUCAUCUGUGGGCUCUCAGCGAGAACUUUCAAAGGCUUCCAGAUCUGACGUCCCUUCUCGAAUCCUCAAUUCUACCAAUAUCCAGUCCUGAGAUGGCCCUCAGCAUCCUCCCCAUUGUGGCUUCCCUGUGCCAACACUGGACCU